AUGGCUGUCCCAUUAACGCACCGAGAGGCUGCUUCGGGGGUCUUGGGCUCGAUAUCCCUUGCUUGCUGGAUAUUUCUCCUGGUCCCCCAAUUAAUCGAGAACUACAAGAAUGGCAGUGCCAAAGCCAUAUCUUUCGCCUUUAUUCUCGUCUGGUUUAUUGGAGAUAUUGCAAACUUGAUAGGAGCUCUGUGGGCUAAGCUGGUCCCCGUGGUGGUAGCCAUAGCCAUAUACUUCUGCAUUGCGGACGGGGUUUUGAUAUGCCAGUGCAUAUACUACAACGAGAAAGUCUCACGGGAGAUGGAGAGACGGAUUUCGAGUCAUACAGCGCAUGAAGAUGAUGGAACACACGUUCCCCAGCCAACGACACCGCUAUUAAGCCGACGGAUGAGCGAGAAUCUUGGGCAAAGCGGACGAAGGAGGCCUGAUGGCAACUCACUCAACCAUGACCCCUUGGCAAAGAUGCUGGCAGAGGACGAGCCAAAGAGCACUUGGGCUAAGAAUAUACUGAGCCUAUUGGGAAUCUGCACUGCGGGUAUUGCUGGCUGGGUGAUCGCAUGGAAGACGGGUGCAUGGCAACCGACUCCUACCCAACCCAUCAAAGGGCCAGCUGAGAUGGCUGUGGGAGCGCAGGUCGCUGGGUAUCUCAGUGCAUUGUGCUAUCUAGGGUGA